AUGAUUACUGAAAAAGAUGUCGAGGUCAAUUGUUUUACACCAAGAGACUAUCAGGUCGAACUUCUUGAUAAGGCGUGCAAGCGGAAUGUGAUCGUUCAACUUGGGACGGGAGCGGGAAAGACAUUUAUUGCAGUUCUGUUGUUAAAGGAAUAUGGUCUCCAGAUCAUGUCACCGUUUGAAAAUGGGGGAAAACGUGCAUUUUUCAUCGUGGAUAAAGUUGCCCUUGUUGACCAACAAGCCGAUCAUAUCCAAUGUCAUACCACGUUGAACGUCGGAAAAAUGCAUGGUAAUUUAAACAGUAAUGUUUGGGACAAUCAGAAAUGGUUCGACGAAUUCAUGUCUGUACAUAACGUAGUAGUGAUCACUGCUCAAGUGUUUCUGGAUUUAAUAGAUCAUGCAUAUUUCAAUAUUUCAAGAUUAGCUCUUGUUAUAUUUGACGAAUGUCAUCACGCAUUAGGAGUAAGACAUCCAUAUCGUAUUAUUAUGGAUAGGAUUAUGCGGGUUCCUGAAGAAGACCAGCCGAGGAUUCUUGGGCUUACUGCUUCUCUGAUCAACGAUAAAACUCCUCCAAGACAGUUAGAAGCGAAACUUUCCAAGCUGGAAUGCGUUUUGAACAGUGUUAUUGAGACAGCUUCGGAUUUGGUUGCGAUCUCGAAAUACGGUGCUAGACCAACUGAGUUUGUAGUAGCUUCAUCGGACUACGAUCCUAGUAGGGCUUGUGGAGGAGAGAUACUCCUUCUUUUGGAAGACUAUCGCAAGUUCUGCACGUCAACACAAGAGUUUGACCCGGAUUUUGAUAUCGAUCCACGAAAACCAAUUCAAGAGGCACUGAAUAGAACCUUAGCGGUUCUCCGACAAGUUGGACCGUGGGCUGCAUGGAAGGUUUCGCAAAUGUGGGAAAAAGAGCUGCAUAAGCUGACGAAACAAUCGUUUCUGCAAGAGAAGACCGUAAAUUUUCUUAUAAUGGGAGAAACAUGUAUGACAACAGUCAGGAAACUAUUGGAGCCUAAGAUGAGACCAAUCAAGAAUCUUGAGAGCCUCUCACCUUAUUUGCCGAAUAAGGUUACUCGUUUGAUAGAGAUCCUGUCCCUCUUUAAUCCAGAGCGGCGUACCGCGAAAGAAGUUGAAGAAGAUCCGUUAAGUGGGAUUAUUUUUGUGGAUCAACGAUACGUUGCUUAUACACUCAAUGUCCUGCUGAAACACAUUUGUCGUUGGGAGCCGAGCUUUAAGUUUAUUCAAUCAGAUUUCGUGAUUGGAUUCAGCGGUGGAAGUUUUGCGUCGGAUGAUAGUCAGGGACUUCACAAGCGUCAAGCCGAUGUGAUUCGACGAUUUCGUCAAGGCGAAUUGAAUCUGCUUGUGGCGACCAGUGUACUCGAAGAGGGUGUAGAUGUACGACACUGUAAUUUAGUGAUAAAAUUUGAUCGGCCCAUAGACUUCCGGUCCUAUAUACAAUCCAAAGGUCGUGCACGAAAACGUGAUGGUAGUGCCAAGUAUUUUAUUCUGGUGGAUGAAGCGGAUAGCGCCAAGUGUUCUGAAGAUCUACGCGAUUUCGUCCAAAUCGAGAAGAUGCUUUUGCGUCGAUGUCGCAAUGUCCACAAUCCUGGCAUCGAAUCCGACACCGAAUUAGGACUUGUAGGAAAUGUGGAUAAUUUGGUCCCACCAUAUAUUGUCGAAUCUACCGGUGCGCAGGUCUCUUUGUCAUCUGCAAUAGGAUUAGUUAAUAGAUAUUGCGCGAAGCUUCCGUCCGAUAUUUUUACUCGUCUUGUGCCACAAAAUCGCCUCAUAACUGUGAAUUACAACGGUAGAACAUUGUACAAGGCUGAAUUAUUGUUACCUAUCAACUCACCGAUAAAACAUCCUAUUUCUCUUGAAACUCCUGUGGAGAACAAGAAAUUGGCCCAAAUGGCAAUAGCAUUAGAGGCUUGCAAAGUACUACACCGUAACGGCGAGCUGAAUGACCAUUUGCUCCCUGUUGGUCGGGAAUCCAUUGCUGAACUCCUGAAUCAGUUAGAUGAGGAUCCAGAUGAGUGGGCACCUGGGUUGUCGGCGAAAGUUGGAUCGGCAAGAAGGAAGCAGCUUUAUGACAAGAGGGUGGCCACAGCUCUGCAUGAAGCACUUCCUAUAAAGGGUGAACCAUGCUAUAUAUACGUGAUGGAACUGGAACUUCUCAAAGAGCCUUCACUAGAAUCGAAUCCGAAACGGCGUCGUUUUGCCAAUCCACUAGAUUACGAGUAUCUAUUCGGUUUUCUCAGCUCGCGGAUAUUACCGAAAAUUCCACCAUUUGCUGCUUAUCUACGUCAGGGAGACAUGCGGGUGCAUCUUGUACGAGCUUCUACUCAGGUUACCCUUAACAGCCAGAAUCUCACAAUGAUCAAACAUUUUCACCAUUACAUCUUCAAAAAUGUGCUACAACUCUGUAAAGCGAAUCUAGAUUUUCAUAUGGACGCAUCCACACCUAUUAAUACAUUGAUUGUACCGCUCCGUCGAACAGCUUCGAACAUCAACGAAAAAUUUGAGUACAGCAUUAAUAUGAAAUAUGUCGAAGAAGUUGUUCAAAUGAUGGGUGACACACCAAGAGUUCCUGAUGAGGAGGAGCGGAAGAAUUUUAAGUUUAGAGCUGAAGAUUAUCGGGAUGCUGUUGUGAUGCCAUGGUAUAGGAAUCUGGAGCAGCCUGUUUUCUAUUAUGUUGCUGAGAUCCUCGAGAAUUUAACACCGUCAUCUCCCUUCCCUGAUGAAGAGUAUUCUUCAUUCAAUGAAUACUUCAUCAAAAAGUACAACCUGGAGAUCUAUGAUCAGACGCAACAUUUGUUGGAUGUGGAUUUUACUUCUAACCGUCUAAACUUGCUGUUACCUCGUGCUGGUGGCGGAAGAAGGAAAGCUGCAACUCCAAAGGCAGAAGACAGUACAGCACUAUCAAGACAACGUCAGAUCUAUGUCCCUGAAUUGAUGGAUCGACAUCCGAUAUCAGCGACGUUAUGGAAUUUGAUCUCAUCUUUGCCCAGCUUCUUCUAUCGCAUCAACCAUUUGUUGUUGGCUGACGAACUUCGCCAAAAAAUUCUUGUGGAUGCGCUGGGAUACUCGAAGGCAGACGCUGUGGUACCAGAAAACUACGAAUGGGCGCCGUUGUCGUACCCCGCGACUUAUGAAGAGAAGCAAUCACUCAUAGUUACGAAGAUACAGCAGCUUAGAGAACAAAAUCGUGCCAGUGAGAUUGCUGCCGGGAAGCUUGCGAAGGAUCAACUGGAGGAUGAAAACACCUUCGAAGUAGGCGUGUGGGUACCAGUUGUGGUUGAACCAGUGAACGAUGAGAAUGUCCCCCCGUCAAGUGUUGGUGGUGCAGAUUCUUUUGACACAGUCGGGUUGAUGUCGUCAUCAGUCAGAGCUGGUGGUGAUCUUUCUGACGAUGAAGAUGCUGAUGCGGUGAUGAUGUUCGACUUUUCGAAGUAUUUGGCUGAAAAAGCUGGAGCAACAAAAUCCAACUUCGCAGCACCAAGACCUGAUAUUCAAGCUUGUGGUUGGGGAGAUUUCGACGAUUUUAUUCCAGACACACCAUUCCAAAUUCUUGGCUCUGCUUCCAACCAAAUCGACAUGACAAGCUUAAUGGCCGAUCUUCAAAGCAAGAUUCUACCUCAAAACCCGAAUGCUUGGACUCCUGCCGUAGAAAGCAAUGUUGGAAUGUUGGUGGACAUAGACUCUACACCAGCGCCGACGAAGAAAACAGCUGCAGCUCCGGCGCAAAUCGGGACCACCUUGUUGGAGCCGACCAAGUUGUAUCUGGACAAAAUGGAAAUGUUGGAAGAUCGUGAACGAUCGCAGAAGGAGGAAAUUGUGGAUUUAAUGCAGUUCGAUGAUGGAGACGAAUCUGACUGUAAAACUGCGGUGGAAUACGAUUCAGAUGAGGAAUAUGUGAAACUAGAUGUAGGUGAGCGUCAGAAGUAUGAACGAGAUCAUGCUUUUGCUUCAGAGUGCAAAUUAAUGGAGGGAGAAGUGCUUGCUCCCGAACUUCCUAACGGGAGAAAUCGUUUCUCUUUUGCGUCGCCAUCUCCAUCCUCGAACAACAUGGUAGUGAAUGCUAUGCCUCCAUUUGAAUACCAUUCCGAUGCGCUAGCUGAACAAAAUCCUUAUGGUGUCUCUCCGCGUUUGCUGUUGACAGCGUUGACAACGUCAAACGCUAACGAUGGAAUCAACUUGGAACGCUUAGAAACUAUAGGAGACUCGUUCCUCAAGUAUUCAGUAACGGAUUAUUUGUACCAUUCGCAUCCAGAUCAACAUGAGGGCAAGCUUUCCUUUGCUAGGAGUAAAGAGGUCUCUAAUUGCAAUCUUUACCGGCUCGGUAAACGACUUGGCAUCCCAUCGCUUAUAGUCGCGUCGAAGUUUGAUGUGUACGAUUCCUGGCUACCGCCUUGUUAUAUGCCAAACAACGAUUUCAAGGCGCCAAACUCAGCAGAUGCAGAAGAGCGGGACAAGUUCAUCGAAGACGUACUCGAGGGCAAUGAAACAGCGCAGAAAAUACCUAAACCAGUCACCGGAUGGGAUCAAGCUGACGUCAAUAACGAUGUACGGCAACUGGAAAAUGGUGUAGAGACGAUCAACUUCGCGAAGCCGUCUGUCAGCAGUGCAGUGCUGGAUGAACUGCCACCAUUACCGUAUAACAUGCUAACGCAACAAUACAUCAGCGACAAGUCUAUAGCAGAUGCAAUUGAGGCAUUAAUUGGAGCGCAUCUCCUAACUCUCGGUCCUCGACCAACUUUAAAGGUCAUGAAAUGGCUUGGUCUGAAGGUGCUAACAGAUGAUGUGGAAGCUGUUGAUCCAUUACUGGGAUUUGUCAAUACACCUGAGUGUCCUGAUAUGGCUCAACGACUGUUACAGGAUAUGUGGCAACAAUUCAACUUUGGUCUGUUAGAAGAUAGAAUUAAAUAUCGUUUUAACAACAAGGCCUACCUCAUUCAAGCGUUCACACAUGCUAGUUACUUCAAAAAUAGAAUUACGGGUUGUUAUCAGCGUCUAGAGUUUUUGGGUGACGCAGUGUUGGACUACAUGAUUACUAGAUAUUUAUUCGAAGAUGCACGUCAAUAUAGCCCAGGAGUAUUGACAGAUUUGCGUUCUGCUUUGGUGAACAAUACCAUUUUUGCUAGUCUCGCUGUGAAGUAUGAUUUCCACAAGCAUUUUAUCGCGAUGUGUCCUGGCCUCCAUCAUAUGAUUGAAAAAUUUGUGAAGUUAUGCAGCGAACGGAAUUUCUUUGAUGCGAACUUCAAUUCUGAGAUGUAUAUGGUGACGACUGAAGAGGAAAUUGACGAAGGCCAAGAGGAAGAUAUCGAGGUUCCGAAAGCAAUGAGUGACAUAUUUGAGAGUGUAGCUGGCGCCGUGUAUCUGGAUGCAAACAGAGAUCUGGAUGUUGUAUGGAGAGUAUUUUUCAAUUUAAUGAGACAAACGAUAGAGGAAUGUUGUGCAUAUCCUCCGCGAUCACCUAUCCGAGAACUUAUGGAACUUGAGCCGGGCAAGACACGGUUUAGCAAAAUGGAGCGGAUAAUUGAAAGUGGAAAAGUACGUGUAACAGUCGAUAUUGGAAACAAAAUGAAGUUCACCGGAAUGGGCCGAAAUUAUCGCAUUGCGAAGACGACUGCAGCUAAGAGAGCUCUGAAAUACCUCAAAAGUCUCGAAGAACAAAAGUUACGCGAUGCAGAACGUAACAAUCAGAGCAACGGCGACAAUAACUCGAACAGCUACUAG